UCGUCAUCCUCCAUUCAACCUUGCUGCCCCCCCCCCCCAUCACACACAGCCUGAGGCGGCUUGUCUUCCUCUUCGCUCUAACAUGUCAAACAUAUCGAACCUCUCUAAAGAAACCUCUUAGAUUCCAUUUUCUCCCAUCCCUCCAUCUUUAAGUUAUUGCUCCUCAGUUAAUUGUUCAUCUGUGCUGCAACACUGCUCUGGGUUAUGAUUUACUGUAUGGAGGGCUUCCCCUGCAUCAGGACCAGACAAGAAACAUUCUGCAAUCAGGAACUUUUAUCCGUCCUCUGCGCGUCCUCUGUCAGGCUCUUCGUCUUUUUUUCUUUUUUUUUUGGUGCUCCCCUCUUUUUUAAUCUGCCUUUUCAGAGGGUGUCCCCUUAUCCAUCCUCCUGUUCAUCUCCCCCGUCUCCAUUCUUCCUCUCAACUUCUCUUGCAAUCCUUCCUCCCCCUCUCCAUCUCUGCCUCCCCCUUUAUCUCUCUUUGCCACUCUCUUUCUCCCCUUCAUCUCACCUCCAGCUAGCUGGUGCUCCCUCCUCCUCCUCCUCCUCCUCCUCCUCCUCUUUGAUUGUUCACCCCCCCCUGCUCGAGUCCACUUUUCCUCCCUCUCUUUCUCUCUAUCUUUAAACCUCUCACACUCCCCCUCUCGUCUCUUAUCUCUCUUUCUCUUCCCUUCCAUCUCUUUCUCUCUCUGUCCUCCACUUCUCUCCAGCCUCCAGAAGCUCGCCAGCUUGCCGCUCUUCACCCAAGUGAGGACGAAGACCUUGUCACAGAAGAUGGCAAUGAGCAGCAUCCUCAACGCUGACGACAUCAAGAAAGCUCUUGAUGCCUUCGCAGUCGCCGACUCUUUUGAUCAUAAGAAGUUCUUUGAGAUGCUGGGACUGAGGGCCAAGUCUGCCGACGAUGUGAAGAAGGUCUUCACGGUGCUGGACGCCGACAACAGCGGCUACAUAGAGGAGGAAGAGCUCAAAUUCGUCCUGAAAGGUUUCGCCAAGGACGGCCGGGACCUGACGGACAAAGAAACCAAAGCCUUUUUAAGAGCAGCCGACAAGGAUGGCGACGGAAAGAUUGGAGUUGAUGAAUUCACUGCCCUGGUGAAAGAAUAAAUGGCGCCCCGCCGCGCCAGUAAACCGCCU